AGCUCUGCGGGAAGAACAGGUCUGGGAUCUGAGCUGGCUUUGCUUCUCUUCCGUUUCCUUCCAAGGGGCUGGUAUUUUUGUGGUCAACCCCACCCCCCGACCUCCUGUUGUCAGAGUCUUGCUCCAGCUCCUCUACUGCCCACCUGGAAGCCUCCUGCCACCCCUCACCGCCACCCCGUCUGCAAUUCCUGCACCAAGCUGGCACGUCGGAUACCCAUGGCCAGCUCUGAGGCACACGGCGGCCUGCAGCUAUUGUCAACAGGGCUGUGCCUGUGAAAGGGGGGACCCCGGUCGGCAUCCCAGGACGGAGACCACCAGGGGCGGGGGCGAUACCCAGCGGCCUGGGCCGGAUCACUUCUCCGUGGACCUGUGGACAUCCCGGCUGCCAGAAUGAUGAUGUAUUUCUGGGGCAACCAGGACGCCACGGCUCCGCCUGACGCAAUGGCCCAGCCCUACCCCCCAGCCACGUACCCCCCGCCCCCGCAGAAUGGCAUCCCUGCAGAGUACGCGCCGCCGCCGCCGCCACACCCGCACCCCGCACAGGACUACUCGGGGCAGAGCACAGUCCCUGAGCACGCCUUGACUCUCUACACGCCAGCACAGAGCCACCCUGAACAGCCCGGCACUGACGCCAGCACGCAAUCCAUAGCAGGCACACAGACAGUACCGCAGACAGAUGAAGCGGCACAGACAGACAACCAGACGCUACACCCGCCGGAGAGUGGUUCCGACAAACAGCAGCCCAAACGGUUACAUGUUUCCAACAUCCCUUUCCGCUUCCGGGACCCUGACCUGCGGCAAAUGUUUGGGCAAUUCGGAAAGAUCCUGGAUGUUGAGAUCAUUUUCAAUGAGCGUGGUUCCAAGGGUUUUGGGUUUGUAACUUUUGAAACUAGUGCAGAUGCCGAUCGGGCACGGGAGAAGCUGAACGGCACCAUCGUAGAGGGACGCAAGAUCGAGGUCAACAAUGCCACAGCACGAGUAAUGACAAACAAGAAGGCAGCGAAUCCCUACACAAAUGGCUGGAAGUUGAACCCUGUGGUAGGCACCGUCUAUGGCCCUGAGUUCUAUGCAGUGACCGGUUUCCCAUAUCCAGCCACAGGAACAGCAGUAGCGUACCGGGGGGCACACUUACGAGGGCGGGGGCGCACAGUCUACAACACGUUCCGGGCAGCUCCCCCACCCCCGCCCAUCCCCACGUACGGAGCAGUGGUUUACCAGGAUGGAUUCUACGGUGCUGAAAUCUAUGGAGGUUAUGCAGCUUACAGAUAUGCUCAGCCUGCAGCAGCGGCAGCAGCGGCAGCUUACAGCGACAGUUACGGCCGAGUUUAUGCAGCUGCAGACCCUUACCAUCAUACCAUCGGCCCUGCUGCUGCCACCUACAGCAUUGGCACUAUGUGAAACCUUCAGCUGUUUCCUUCUGGGACCAGGAAGGGCACACACAAAACAAAUUUUUUUUAAAAAAAAAAGCAAAGCAACAAAACAAUUACAAAACUAACGAGCCAAGCGACCGAGUGAAAGCCCCCUUCUGCCCACACAUGCGCCCCCAAGCGACAGGCCACCUGGAGCGCAAGCACCGACCGGACAGAUGGACGGCAGCGACCCACAGACUCUGCAAAAGCCGUCCAUGCCAGGAGACCCGUGCCCUGCUCCCCGAGCCCACCCCGCUGCAGACCACGGGGCCAGGAGGGACAGGCACCGACACAGACUGGAUUCUGCGGGCCCCGGGCCACCACCACGUCUUCCUUCCAGCCCUCCCGAAGAAGCGCCGCAGCCACGAUGCACCUGCAGGGCGAGUGGUCCUGCGUCUCGCUUCCCAGAGCCUCCCACUGCUUUUUGUGCUUUGCUGGUUCAUCCAUUUGUCAAGUUGGCCAGGCCUUGGGAUCCUGGGCGGGGCCAGGCCAGGGGGUUUCUGGGUACGGCCACCUUGGUCCAGGGAGUGAGGACCUCGGGCUUUUGGCAGGAGGGGGUUCUUUGAAGAGUUUGCACUUUCCCCUCCUCCUGAGGAUCCCAGCCCCG